UUGGGCUAUUUGAAUAUUUUUAUGCAAACAUGGAUAUCAGACCGAAUCAUACUAUUUAUAUUAAUAAUAUGAAUGAUAAAAUAAAAAAAGAAGAGUUGAAGAGGUCGCUGUAUGCCCUGUUUUCCCAGUUUGGCCAUGUGGUGGACAUUGUGGCUUUGAAGACCAUGAAGAUGAGAGGGCAGGCCUUUGUGAUUUUUAAGGAACUGGGCUCCUCCACAAACGCUCUGAGACAGUUACAAGGCUUCCCCUUUUACGGGAAACCAAUGAGAAUCCAGUAUGCAAAAACAGAUUCUGAUAUAAUAUCUAAAAUGCGUGGCACUUUUGCUGACAAAGAGAAGAAAAAAGAAAAGAAAAAAGCCAAGGCCGUGGAACAGGCUGCAGCAGCUGCCAACAAAAAGCCUGGCCAGGUAACACCAAAUGCAGCUAAUAACCAAGGAAAUGCAGCAGCAAAUCCUCAGGUCCCUGAUUACCCUCCAAACUAUAUUUUAUUCCUUAAUAACUUACCGGAAGAGACUAAUGAGAUGAUGUUAUCCAUGCUGUUUAAUCAAUUCCCUGGUUUCAAGGAGGUACGUUUGGUACCUGGAAGACACGACAUUGCUUUCGUUGAGUUUGAAAAUGAUGGGCAGGCGGGAGCUGCCAGGGAUGCUUUACAAGGGUUUAAGAUCACACCAUCCCAUGCCAUGAAGAUCACCUACGCCAAGAAGUGACAUGUGGGAGAGUCCUUUCUGCAGGGCCUGGCGUUAUUUAUAGUGUCUGUCGAUACCAUUGUGGGGUGGGGGGGAGUGGAAUUUUUGUGAAGGACUUAAAAACUAAUCUAGUCUUUAGCCUUAGGGAAAUAUGAAAUAUGAAUGCCUUAAUUUUGUACAAUAAACUUAUUUGUAUUCUGUA